GAUUGAUGCUGGCUCGAAAAUGACAUUUGGAUCUGGCACAAAGUUAAAUGUCAAACCCAGUAAGUUGAUAUGCUUAUAGAAAGGACUUUAUUCACAAUAUAACAGUUAAUUUGAUAACUUGUAGUUAGACCAAAUCUGCAGAAGAUUUUUAUUUUUUCAUAAUUUUUUUUUUUUUUAAUUCUGUUAUUUUCAAGCAAGUCCUCAGGUCACUAAAAUUCAUUGUUUAGUAUCUUGAUCUAACUGUGUAUACUACAGCAGUAAAAGAACACUACUACACACAAAUCUGUACAAAAUGUGAAAAGUGAAAAGAGGUCAGCGUUAAUAAUAAUAAUAAGGAAUAGGUAGGCAGCGGCCUGGCAGAGGGUAACCCUCUAACCCUCUAGCAUAAGAGUAGAAUACAACAACAACAUUAGUACAAGGCUGCGCCAAAAUGUAUCAGUGUAGACUAUAGGAAAUAAAAACAAGUAUAUAGAUAGAGCAUAUAUAUAAAAAGUAAGUGCAUAUAAAUCAGUCCAAGAUAAUUUGAAGUUGCAGUCUAGCGACGAGUGUCUUUUAAAGUGCUUUUGGUGAUGGGGUGUCCUCACUGUUUAUAGAAGUUCAAUUAUUCUCGUGAUAUGGAAGACACAAAUAAGAGACCGAUCAUAUAGACUGAGUGGGUCAAUAUAUGUGAGAAUAUGAAUAUAUAUAUUAAACUAACAUUUAGACGAGCUAUAGCCAGCUCAGGUAUAACAGGCGUACAACGGUAUGAUCCCCGCUUAUGGGAUAUAUAGGUGGUUGUCUUCUGGAGUGAAUGGUGUCCAGCUCUCAGGAAAGGGAUAUAUAAAGACAGCUGAUAGUGCUCUCUGUUAUAACAGUGUAUGGAGUUGUAAGAGAAAUAAAAAUGUACUUACAAGUGUAGUGCAGGCCAACUGCACUCUGAUGACAGCAUUGGUGGUAUGAUCCCCACCUCGGAUAGUCUUGUAAGCACGCAAUAAAUUGGUAAAAAGCCAGGUAAAGAUAAAAAAUGUGCAUAAAAAGAUAGUUGGCACCAAUAGUGACCAUAAAAUCUUUAAUUAUAUAGAUACACAAAUAUUAAAACCCAUUUACGCGUUUUCCCACUGGGGUUUUUUCAAAAUGGAAUAAGAUAAUGGAAUUUAGAAAUAAAUCUGUACAUUCAUUUACAAAUACAAUGGAAUUUUAUUUGCAUUGCAUUAAUUAUUGAUUUAGAUUCAUUGCACAGGUCAGUUUUCACAAUGCUGGUUCAUAUGAAAAUAUACUUUUUAACAUGUAUCCCAGUGGAAUCAUCCGAGUUGUUGUACAGACAUUGUUGUACUGCCUUGGUACAUUUAUCCACUCUUGUGCAGGAUCAAUGCAGAUGUUGUUAUAGCACAACUGCAGAAUAUGAUAAUACCAACAUAAAUAUGAAUACAGUAAUGAUCUUAUUUAUUUUAAUAUAACUGUGUAAUUUUAAUUUAACUUAAGCCUUUAGAAGAUUACUGGCUCAUGAACAAAUUUGCUUAUAGCCUCCAAUUUGUUUUUUUUAAAUUAAAAAAGUACAUUUCCUAAAAACUACCAAAUGAGUAGCCCCUGCAUUUAUUUGCAACAUGCAAGUAAUAAAAGGCCCUAUUUCCUGUUUUUCAUAUACAGUAUAUUCCAAAUAUUGGAUAAGAUUGCAUCACUGUGUGAAUACUGGUGGAGAAUACUGGUGGAGAAUACCACAAACUGAUUUGUGGAUCAGAAACAAAAAUGAUGGUUACACCUUAAAGUAGUUAACAUGGUAAUCCAAAUUACUGGGGGUUUUUUGGUAGAGAAAUUAGUGUGUGAAUAAAGCUGAGUUUAAGAUACAUUUUGGAUCAGAUAUCACAUGUAGCAUAAAAUAUAUGAUGCCAUUUGAUGCUAAGAGAAGAGAUAGCAAUAUCUAAUUUAUUAGGUUAUAUAUUUGUAUCUUCUUCUGUAUUGUGCUAAUAACAGAAAGGCAUUUGACCAUAGAACGGUUUUCACCAUGAUACUAUAUAAGUAGAAAUAGUACUAAAGCAAUGAUUUUGCUGGCUUUGCUAUUUAGUAAAAAAAAAAAAAUGUAAAGCAUUUUAGAUUAUUUGUAAUAAAUUAUAAUGGAAGGUGCCAAAAAUCUAAUCAAUAUACAAUGGAUUGCAAUCAAUUGAAAUCUAGAUUGUAGAAUUUAAAUUAGGAUGGUAAAUGGCUAAGAUGAAGAUUUUCUGCUUUUGCAAUUUUUCAGUUCAACUUUUGUUGACAAAAAAAUAGUACUCUGUUUUCAGUUUGCUGAAAUGAUCUUUUCUUUAAAGUGAAUAAACUCCCAUGUGAAAGUAUUAAUAUAUAAAUGCCUCAUUUUACAAUCAUUUGUCUUUGGUAUUAGACACCAGACUUUUUUUUUACCUUUUUAUAAAGAAAUGUAAUAAUUUGUCAUCUGUUUAUGAUAAAAGUAUUGAAAAAAAAGUUAGUUCAUAUAUAUCAUUAUAUUCUUUAUUAAGUUUUUUUUAAUAUAUUUAUAUAAUUUUCACUUUUUAUCAUAAUAUAAUAAAUAUGCAUAUUUAAAAAAAAUGGGAACAAAUUUAUAAAACUAUGAUAAUAAUGAAGCACACACACUGGGCAUCUUGCAAUAUAAAUGCUGCAUUUAUUCAUAUUUUAGGCAGUAACAAAAAAAGUGCCAUUCAGUCUUAACCUGGACUUUUUUCAGCACAAAUCAAGUCUAUUCAUCAAUCUAAUUUAUUAAUUACCUAUUAACCAAGAUAUCAAAACAGAUAUAAUGAUUGUACAUAUAUGUUAUAAUUUGCUUAAUUCUACUUGACAUGCCCCGCCACCUAUAUUGAACCACACUGACAUGCCCCACCACCCACCACCCACCACCAACCACCACCAACCAAAAUUCUCACUUUAGUUUAUAAUCCUAUUAGUUUCUUUUCAGUUGACAUACUGACUCAGAUUUUCAUUUAUAUUGGAAUUCUCAAUACAUUUGUUCACUCAAGGUGACAUCCCCCACCAACUUGAUUAAUUAUAAAUGGCAUCCUCUAUUACAUUAUUUCAAGCUAAGUAAUAUGCAAUGCAAUGCUCUUGAACACCCUACAUUCAGAAUUAAAAUUCUGUAAUUUUACAUGCAUUUUAAUGAGUGGUAAUCGAAUCCAUAAAAUAUAACACAAACAGUAAUAAUAAGAAGUAUAUUAUUAAUUCGUAUAAUGUUUAUGAGCUUCUAGAAGUGUAUGCAUGAAUCACAUUAAACACAAGACAUUUUUAUUUACAGAAACAACUCAAAAAACAGAUGCAUCUGUUUACCUACUCAAAUCGAAUCAGGAAUCAGAAUCAGAAUCUGUUUGUCUGGCCACGGAUUUUCCAUCUCCUGAUGGCACAAUUACAGCAUAUGUGAAUGGCAAAACUCAAAACCUAACUGGUACAUUGAUGUUGGAUAGUUCUUCUGAUAACAAGUGGAGAUACGGCACUGUGUUUUGGGAUGAUACCAUGUCAGCAAACGAAUGCAAGAUUGAACAUGGAACCAAAACUGCAGAAGAAUUCCCAGGUAUAUAAUACAUUUUAUUUUUUUAAAAGACACUGUCAGAUCUGCAAUUUCUAUGUCAUAGAUUGACAUGUUAACUGCACUGUUAAAAUAAUUAAAACUCAAUCUAUAUUUUGAAUUAAGAUAAGGAAUCUUUAUAUUAUGUAAAACAAAAUGCAUUAUUUUUUUCAGGCAUUUAUUCUAACACAUGCGACUCAUCUUCAUCAACUUUUGAAACAGGUGAGUUACAAUUCUUAAAAGUUACAUAGUUAGAUAGUUACAUAGUUACAUAGCUGAAAAGAGACUUGCGUCCAUCAAGUUCAGCCUACCUCACAUUUGUUUUUUGCUGUUGAUCCAAAAGAAGGCAAAAAAACCCAGUUUGAAGCACAAUUUUGCAACAAACUAGGAAAAAAAUUCCUUCUUGACCCCAGAAUGGCAGUCAGAUUUAUCCUUUGAUCAAGCAGUUAUUACCCUACAUUGAAAGAUUAUAUCCUUGAAUAUUCUGUUCUUGCAAGUAUGCAUCUAGUAGCCGUUUGAACAUCUGUAUGGACUCUGAUAAAACCACUUCCUCAGGCAGAGAAUUCCACAUCCUGAUUGUUCUUACAGUUAAAAAACCUUUCCUUUGCCUUAGACAAAAUCUUCUUUCUUCCAGUCUAAACUCAUGAGUUGGUUUCAAUCACAUACUAUAGACUGUAAUUAAGAAAAAUUAUAACCUGUAUAACCAUACACAUAUGGCUGAAGGUUCUACUGUACUUUAAUACUUUGAUAGAGUUUGGUACUUUAGUGUUGGUAAUCACUUCUCAUAUAAAACUCAUUAUUGAAAGCAUUUAGAAUUAUUUUUUAACAAUAAAAUUAUCAGAAAUAUUAUCUGUAAUAUUUUUUUCUGAUUUAAAAAGUAUAAUGCUUGGCCUUAUUUCUUUGAAGUCUACUCAAAAAAACACACAUGUAUAUAUUGUUUUCUUUAUUAAGUAUAUAGUUCAUACAUAUAGAUAAUUUUUUUACUGCUCCUCCUUUUUUACUCUCUACUGGUCACUCAUCACUUGAUCUGUGAAUAAAAUCAACAUUUAGCUCCACCACAGUUUGGUUCCACAGGCAGAACUCUGAAUCAUUAAACAAACAAAACAGUUUGUCAAUUCUCAAUGUUGUUCAUUUAAUGAUUCAUCCAUAUGCCACCUCAGAGUUUAUGAAGUUUGGACAUGUUGCCAAUUGCCCAAAAAUUAGGCGAAUUACAAUUUUACAAGUCUACUUCAGACCAUAAACAUUCAUACCAAUAAGCUUUGGCACAACUGAGUCUUUCUUUUUUAGUGGUAAUUUAGGACUUUUUUGCAAGCUGACACUAUAACAACAGCCAGUAACACGUAAAGGCUACAAAUUACAACCAGGUUUACAACAUUGUUGCUACAUUUUUGUAGCGUAUCAUUAAUAAACAACUUCCACUACAGAUAUCCACCACUGGACAGAAACACACACUUGAGUAUGUGCACUACAUGGCAGUUAAAUAUAUUGCUGAGCGUUUCACUCUGAUGGCUGUGUGUGGUAUGCAUUAAAUGCAAAGUUUAGCAAACCAUUUCCGUUACAUGUUUUAAAUGAUCAAUGCUAUAUACAUUUAGGAAGACAUACUAAAUUAAAAUGCUGUUAUGAGCUUGCAGACGAUCUAUAAUUUAUGCUGUUUUGUAACAGAUGAGAGACUAAACACAGUGUCCUUUGAAGUUUUUGGAUUACAGAUGCUGUUUCAAAGGGAUAAUAUUUAACAUAAUAUCAACUCAAAGAAUUUGGUCUGGAUAAGGUAAGCAGAAUUUCUUCAAACAUCACAGUAUGUCUUUUUAAAAUUUUUUGUAAAAAUGAAAAUCCAGCGCACUCGCUUAUCUACUAAACAGUCAUUUUAGUGCUGAACAAUUUUUAGUUUUAUUAAAAACACCAAAUCUAGGCAAAAAAUUAUGGGGGUUUAGUUACAGUAUAUGAUCAUACAUUGCAUAAGCCUGCCACAACGCCAAUGUUUUAAAAAAUAUUAUCACAAUCUCACACUAGUUUACCAGGGCUGGACUAAAAGUCCAUUUGGCCAAAUGCUGAAAAUUAUGAUGGGCCUAAUUACAGAAUUUUAGUGACAGAAAACACUACAGUUUCACAGUUGUGCUCACACAUUUGCAUACCCUGGCAGAAAAUGUGAAAUGUGGCAUUGAUUUUGAAAAUAUGACUGGACAUGCAAAACAAAAUAAUCUUUUAUUAAAGGAUAGUGACCAUAUGAAGCCAUUUUUUAUCACAUAGUUUUUUAAAUCAUAAUGAUAAAAGAAAUCACCCAAAUGGUCCUGAUCAAAAGUUUACAUACCCUUGAAUGUUUGACCUUGUUACAGACACACAAGGUGACACUCAGAGGUAAAAUGUAAAUUAAAGGUCAAUUUCCCAAUCAUGUGACUUUUUAAAUUGCAUUCUGUGUCUGUGUAUAAAUAGUCAAUGAGUUUGUUAGCUCUCACAUGGAUGCACUGAGCAGGCUAGAUACUGAGCCAGGGGGAGCAGAAAAGAUCUGUCAAAAGACCUGUGUAACAAGGUAAUGGAACUGUAUAAAGAUGGAAAAGGAUAUAAAAGUACUGUUCAAUGACUUAUUAAGAAGUGGAAUAUUCAGGCAUCUCUUGAUACCAAGCCAAGGUCAGGUAGACCAAGAAAGAUUUCAGCCACGACUGCCAGAACAAUUGUUCGAGAUACAAAGAGAUACAAAGAAAAAUCCACAGGUAACCUUAGGAGAAAAUACAGGAUGUUCUGGAAAAAGAUGGUGUGGUCAUUUCAAGGAGCACAGUACGACGAUACUUGAGCAAAAAAAAGCUGCAUGGUCAAAUUGCGCCAAUGCCACAAAAAAGUCUAGUUAUAAUAUGCCCGACAACACCUUGACACACAGCUUUUGUCACACUGUAAUUUGGAGUGAUGAACCCAAAAUAGAUCUUUAUGGUCACCACCAUAAGCGCUAUGUUUGGAGAGGGGUCAACAAGGCCUAUAGUAAAAAGAAUACCAUUCCCACUGCGAAGCAUGGUGGUGGCUCACUCAUGUUUUGGGGGGUGGUGAGCUCUGAAGGCAUGGGGAAUCUUGUAAAAAUUAAUGGCAAGAUGAAUGCAGCAUGCUUUCAGAAAAUACUGGCAGAAAAUUUGCAUUCUUAUGCACAAAGUCUGUGCAUGGGACGCUCUUGGACUUUCUAGCAUGACAAUGACCCAAAUCACGAGGCCAAGUUGACUCUCCAGUUGUUAUGGCAGAAAAAUGUGAAGGUUCUGGAUGGCCAUCACAGUCUCCUGACCUUUAUAUCAUAGAGCCACUCUGGGGAGAUCUCAAACGUGCGGUUCAUGCAAGACUUUGCAUGACCUGGAGGCAUUUUGCCAAGAUGAAUGGGCAGCGAUACCACCUGCAAGAAUUAGGGGGUCUCAUAGACAACUAUUACAAAAGACUGCAUGCUAUAAUUGAUCCAUAAGGGGGAAAUACACAGUAUUAAGACCUAAGGGUAUGCAGACUUUUGAAAAUAAUUUUUUUUCUUUGUUGCCAUGUUUUUUUUUUUUUUUUAUAAAUUGUGCCAUUCUGUUGUAACCUACAACUGAAUAUGAAUCUCAUAAGAAAUAAAAUAAAUGUGUUUUGCCUGCUCACUCAUGUUUUCUUUAAGAAUUGUACAUUUAUUACCAAUUCUUCAAGGGUAUGCAAACUUUUGAGCACAACUGUACCUCCCAAGUAUCAUGUAUCUGGUGGAGGUGGUGCUAGAGAAAACUCACACAAUGCAGUUCUAAGAAUACACAUACCUUAUGCUAGUCUCUGCCAUACAGUUCCCGUAUGCCCCAAAGCACUUACUUGUCCACUAAUCUUUUUCCCUUCUUAUAGCAGGCAAAAGCUCCUGCUUGCAGCCUGUUACAGGGAAAAACAGGAUUAAUUGUUUAUGGGGAAACUUUAAACAUAAGAAAGUGAAUUGCACAUAUACAAAGCAACUUUAUUUAAUUCAUUUAAUAGUCUGCUAAUAACACAAUUUAAAACAACUAUUAACACCUUUUUCUCUGUCCAUUAAUUCAUUAAGUUCAUACUUAAUUUUUCAAAAGCAAGACUUUAAGAGUAGACAACUAAAAAAAAAAAAAUCAACGGGCCUAUUCCAUGUUUUGCAAUUUUGAGUUGUACACAAAUAUACAUUUGCAAAUUUAAUGUGAUAGACAGACAGUGACAGGAUAGAUAGAAAUAUCAAGAGCGACUAGAAUGAAUUCAAUUUGAAACACAUUUGUGUCAGUAAUACAUGCAGCAUGGGGGAUCUGAGAAAAUAAUUUAGUUUAAGAAUCAUCUCGACAUUAAUUUACUAUAGAAAAAAGAUCCAAGUUGUUUAUAGAAUUAAUAGUCUGAAUAUUUGAUUUAAAAUGAUGGCACUCACAGCUGUAUUCUUAAGUCAAUAUAUGGUUCAAUAAUAGUGUGUGUGAAGUUUCCAUGUCCAAUUCUAAUAUAAAUCCCCGUCCCUAUAUCAGUCUAACGAUAUAGCAAGUGUGGUGUAUAUUCAAAUCAAACAAUGAUACAUUCUUAUACUUUAAUAUAUAGUCAGCUAUGAAGGAAUCAGUGGACAAAUGUUCUUGAAUACACCUUUACACAGCCCUACUUUCUAUUUGAGUAUGUAAUUGUUACUGUGACACAAACCACACAACAGGGCAAUUAAACAGCAUUUAAGUAAAUAUGUUUUGUGUUGGGAAAAAUAAACAGUGAUCAAUUUGGAAAACCUCAAUAAUACCCUUCACAUAAACAGUAAAUCAAUAUAUGGCUUGUAAUUAUAACACAAAUACACAGUUUUAAUGUGUUCAUGUUAAUAAAAGAAGAUUUUUAUUUUUUCAUAAUUUUUUUUUUUUUUUAAUUCUGUUAUUUUCAAGCAAGUCCUCAGGUCACUAAAAUUCAUUGUUUAGUAUCUUGAUCUAACUGUGUAUACUACAGCAAGAACAGAACACUACUACACAAAAUCAAGAAACAUCUGUGAAGAUGAGGCAAAAGAGGUCAGCGUUAAUAAUAGGCAGCGGUAGGCAGCAGGGUAGGGUCCUCUAACUCUAGCUAUAGAGUAGAGAAUACAACAACAACAUUAGUACAAGGCUGCGCCAAAAUGUAUCAGUGUAAGACUAUAGGAAAUAAAAACAAGUAUAUAGAUAGAGCAUAUUUUAUAUAAAAAGUAAGUGCAUAUAAAUCAGUCCAAGAUAAUUUGAAGUUGCAGUCUAGCGACGAGUGUCUUUUAAAGUGCUUUUGGUGAUGGGGUGUCCUCACUGUUUAUAGAAGUUCAAUUAUUCUCGUGAUAUGGAAGACACAAAUAAGAGACCGAUCAUAUUUUACAGACUGAGUGGGUCAAUAUAUGUGAGAAUAUGAAUAUAUAUAUUAAACUAACAUUUAGAAGAGCUAUAGCCAGCUCAGGUAUAACAGGCGUACAACGGUAUGAUCCCCGCUUAUGGGAUAUAUAGGUGGUUGUCUUCUGGAGUGAAUGGUGGCUUAGCUGUCCAGCAUCUCAGGAUAUAUAAAGACAGCUGAUAGUGCUCUCUGUUAUAACAGUGUAUGGAUGUUGUAAGAGAAAUAAAAAUGUACUUACAAGUGUAAUGCAGGCCAACUGCACUCUGAUGACAGCAUUGGUGGUAUGAUCCCCACCUCGGAUAGUCUUGUAAGCACGCAAUAAAUUGGUAAAAAGCCAGGUAAAGAUAAAAAAUGUGCUAAAAAGAUAGUUGGCACCAAUAGUGACCAUAAAAUCUUUAAUUAUAUAGAUACACAAAUAUUAAAACCCAUUUACGCGUUUUCCCACUGGGGUUUUUUCAAAAUGGAAUAAGAUAAUGGAAUUUAGAAAUAAAUCUGUACAUUCAUUUACAAAUAAUGGAAUUUUAUUGCAUAAUUAAUUAAUUUGAUUCAUUGCACAGGUCAACAAUGCUGGUUCAUAUGAAAAUAUACUAAUGUAUGUAGCACACACACUGCCUUGGUGCAUCCACUCUUGUGCAAGAUAUAGCAUAUGAUAAUAGCAUGAUAUUUUAAUAUAACUGUGUAAUUUUAAUUUUUUUAGAUUACUGGCUCAUGAACAAAUUUGCUUAUAGCCUCCAAUUUGUUCCAACAAGUGCCAUUCAGUCUAUAACAUAAGAUUGCAUCAGGUGGACUUUGGAUUUCAUGCACAAAUCAGAAAUUUUUUGUGAAAUUAGUGUGUAAGCUGAUUUAAGAUCAUAGAUAUCAUAUUGAUUUGAUGCUAAGAGCAAUAUCUAUGGUUAUAUUUGUAUCUUCUUCUGUAUUGUGCUAAUAACAGAAAGGCAUUUGACCAUAGAACGGUUUUCACCAUGAUACUAUAUAAGUAGAAAUAGUACUAAAGCAAUGAUUUUGCUGGCUUUGCUAUUUAGUAAAAAAAAAAAAAUGUAAAGCAUUUUAGAUUAUUUGUAAUAAAUUAUAAUGGAAGGUGCCAAAAAUCUAAUCAAUAUACAAUGGAUUGCAAUCAAUUGAAAUCUAGAUUGUAGAAUUUAAAUUAGGAUGGUAAAUGGCUAAGAUGAAGAUUUUCUGCUUUUGCAAUUUUUCAGUUCAACUUUUGUUGACAAAAAAAUAGUACUCUGUUUUCAGUUUGCUGAAAUGAUCUUUUCUUUAAAGUGAAUAAACUCCCAUGUGAAAGUAUUAAUAUAUAAAUGCCUCAUUUUACAAUCAUUUGUCUUUGGUAUUAGACACCAGACUUUUUUUUUACCUUUUUAUAAAGAAAUGUAAUAAUUUGUCAUCUGUUUAUGAUAAAAGUAUUGAAAAAAAAGUUAGUUCAUAUAUAUCAUUAUAUUCUUUAUUAAGUUUUUUUUAAUAUAUUUAUAUAAUUUUCACUUUUUAUCAUAAUAUAAUAAAUAUGCAUAUUUAAAAAAAAUGGGAACAAAUUUAUAAAACUAUGAUAAUAAUGAAGCACACACACUGGGCAUCUUGCAAUAUAAAUGCUGCAUUUAUUCAUAUUUUAGGCAGUAACAAAAAAAGUGCCAUUCAGUCUUAACCUGGACUUUUUUCAGCACAAAUCAAGUCUAUUCAUCAAUCUAUUUUAUUAAUUACCUAUUAACCAAGAUAUCAAAACAGAUAUAAUGUUUGUACAUAUAUGUUAUAAUUUGCUUAAUUCUACUUGACAUGCCCCGCCACCUAUAUUGAACCACACUGACAUGCCCCACCACCCACCACCCACCACCACCAACCAAAAUUCUCACUUUAGUUUAUAAUCCUAUUAGUUUCUUUUCAGUUGACAUACUGACUCAGAUUUUCAUUUAUAUUGGAAUUCUCAAUACAUUUGUUCACUCAAGGUGACAUCCCCCACCAACUUGAUUAAUUAUAAAUGGCAUCCUCUAUUACAUUAUUUCAAGCUAAGUAAUAUGCAAUGCAAUGCUCUUGUACACCCUACAUUCAGAAUUAAAAUUCUGUAAUUUUACAUGCAUUUUAAUGAGUGGUAAUCGAAUCCAUAAAAUAUAACACAAACAGUAAUAAUAAGAAGUAUAUUAUUAAUUCGUAUAAUGUUUAUGAGUUUCUAGAAGUGUAUGCAUGAAUCACAUUAAACACAAGACAUUUUUAUUUACAGAAACAACUCAAAAAACAGAUGCAUCUGUUUACCUACUCAAAUCGAAUCAGGAAUCAGAAUCAGAAUCUGUUUGUCUGGCCACGGAUUUUCCAUCUCCUGAUGGCACAAUUACAGCAUAUGUGAAUGGCAAAACUCAAAACCUAACUGGUACAUUGAUGUUGGAUAGUUCUUCUGAUAACAAGUGGAGAUACGGCACUGUGUUUUGGGAUGAUACCAUGUCAGCAAACGAAUGCAAGAUUGAACAUGGAACCAAAACUGCAGAAGAAUUCCCAGGUAUAUAAUACAUUUUAUUUUUUUAAAAGACACUGUCAGAUCUGCAAUUUCUAUGUCAUAGAUUGACAUGUUAACUGCACUGUUAAAAUAAUUAAAACUCAAUCUAUAUUUUGAAUUAAGAUAAGGAAUCUUUAUAUUAUGUAAAACAAAAUGCAUUAUUUUUUUCAGGCAUUUAUUCUAACACAUGCGACUCAUCUUCAUCAACUUUUGAAACAGGUGAGUUACAAUUCUUAAAAGUUACAUAGUUAGAUAGUUACAUAGUUACAUAGCUGAAAAGAGACUUGCGUCCAUCAAGUUCAGCCUACCUCACAUUUGUUUUUUGCUGUUGAUCCAAAAGAAGGCAAAAAAACCCAGUUUGAAGCACAAUUUUGCAACAAACUAGGAAAAAAAUUCCUUCUUGACCCCAGAAUGGCAGUCAUAUUUAUCCUUGGAUCAAGCAGUUAUUACCCUACAUUGAAAGAUUAUAUCCUUGAAUAUUCUGUUCUUGCAAGUAUGCAUCUAGUAGCCGUUUGAACAUCUGUAUGGACUCUGAUAAAACCACUUCCUCAGGCAGAGAAUUCCACAUCCUGAUUGUUCUUACAGUUAAAAAACCUUUCCUUUGCCUUAGACAAAAUCUUCUUUCUUCCAGUCUAAACUCAUGAGUUGGUUUCAAUCACAUACUAUAGACUGUAAUUAAGAAAAAUUAUAACCUGUAUAACCAUACACAUAUGACUGAAGGUUCUACUGUACUUUAAUACUUUGAUAGAGUUUGGUACUUUAGUGUUGGUAAUCACUUCUCAUAUAAAACUCAUUAUUGAAAGCAUUUAGAAUUAUUUUUUAACAAUAAAAUUAUCAGAAAUAUUAUCUGUAAUAUUUUUUUCUGAUUUAAAAAGUAUAAUGCUUGGCCUUAUUUCUUUGAAGUCUACUCAAAAAAACACACAUGUAUAUAUUGUUUUCUUUAUUAAGUAUAUAGUUCAUACAUAUAGAUAAUUUUUUUACUGCUCCUCCUUUUUUACUCUCUACUGGUCACUCAUCACUUGAUCUGUGAAUAAAAUCAACAUUUAGCUCCACCACAGUUUGGUUCCACAGGCAGAACUCUGAAUCAUUAAACAAACAAAACAGUUUGUCAAUUCUCAAUGUUGUUCAUUUAGUGAUUCAUCCAUAUGCCACCUCAGAGUUUAUGAAGUUUGGACAUGUUGCCAAUUGCCCAAAAAUUAGGCGAAUUACAAUUUUACAAGUCUACUUCAGACCAUAAACAUUCAUACCAAUAAGCUUUGGCACAACUGAGUCUUUCUUUUUUAGUGGAAAUUUAGGACUUUUUUGCAAGCUGACACUAUAACAACAGCCAGUAACACGUAAAGGCUACAAAUUACAACCAGGUUUACAACAUUGUUGCUACAUUUUUGUAGCAUAUCAUUAAUAAACAACUUCCACUACAGAUAUCCACCACUGGACAGAAACACACACUUGAGUAUGUGCACUACAUGGCAGUUAAAUAUAUUGCUGAGCGUUUCACUCUGAUGGCUGUGUGUGGUAUGCAUUAAAUGCAAAGUUUAGCAAACCAUUUCCGUUACAUGUUUUAAAUGAUCAAUGCUAUAUACAUUUAGGAAGACAUACUAAAUUAAAAUGCUGUUAUGAGCUUGCAGACGAUCUAUAAUUUAUGCUGUUUUGUAACAGAUGAGAGACUAAACACAGUGUCCUUUGAAGUUUUUGGAUUAAGAUGUCUGGUUAUCAAAGGGAUAAUAUUUAACAUAAUAUCAACUCAAAGAAUUUGGUCUGGAUAAGGUAAGCAGAAUUUCUUCAAACAUCACAGUAUGUCUUUUUAAAAAAUAUUGUAAAAAUGAAAAUCCAGCGCACUCGCUUAUCUACUAAACAGUCAUUUUAGUGCUGAACAAUUUUUAGUUUUAUUAAAAACACCAAAUCUAGGCAAAAAAUAAUGGGGGUUUAGUUACAGUAUAUGAUCAUACAUUGCAUAAGCCUGCCACAACGCCAAUGUUUUAAAAAAUAUUAUCACAAUCUCACACUAGUUUACCAGGGCUGGACUAAAAGUCCAUUUGGCCAAAUGCUGAAAAUUAUGAUGGGCCUAAUUACAGAAUUUUAGUGACAGAAAACACUACAGUUUUACAGUUGUGCUCACAAAUUUGCAUACCCUGGCAGAAAACGUGAAAUGUGGCAUUGAUUUUGAAAAUAUGACUGGACAUGCAAAACAAAAUAAUCUUUUAUUAAAGGAUAGUGACCAUAUGAAGCCAUUUUUUAUCACAUAGUUUUUUGGCUCCUUUUUUAAAUCAUAAUGAUAAAAGAAAUCACCCAAAUGGUCCUGAUCAAAAGUUUACAUACCCAUGAAUGUUUGACCUUGUUACAGACACACAAGGUGACACUCAGAGGUAAAAUGUCAAUUAAAGGUCAAUUUCCCAAUCAUGUGGCUUUUUAAAUUGCAUUCUGUGUCUGUGUAUAAAUAGUCAAUGAAUUUGUUAGCUCUCACAUGGAUGCACUGAGCAGGCUAGAUACUGUGCCAGGGGGAGCAGAACAGAUCUGUCAAAAGACCUGUGUAACAAGGUAAUGGAACUGUAUAAAGAUGGAAAAGGAUAUAAAAGUACUGUUCAAUGACUUAUUAAGAAGUGGAAUAUUCAGGCAUCUCUUGAUACCAAGCCAAGGUCAGGUAGACCAAGAAAGAUUUCAGCCACGACUGCCAGAAGAAUUGUUCGAGAUACAAAGAGAUACAAAGAAAACCCACAGGUAACCUUAGGAGAAAAUACAGGAUGUUCUGGAAAAAGAUGGUGUGGUCGUUUCAAGGAGCACAAUACGACGAUACUUGAGCAAAAAAAAGCUGCAUGGUCAAAUUGCGCCAAUGCCAUAAAAAAGUCUAGUUACAAUAUGCCCGACAACACCUUGACACACAGCUUUUGUCACACUGUAAUUUGGAGUGAUGAACCCAAAAUAGAUCUUUAUGGUCACCACCAUAAGCGCUAUGUUUGGAGAGGGGUCAACAAGGCCUAUAGUAAAAAGAAUACCAUUCGCACUGCAAAGCAUGGUGGUGGCUCACUCAUGUUUUGGGGGGUGGUGAGCUCUGAAGGCAUGGGGAAUCUUGUAAAAAUGAAUGGCAAGAUGAAUGCAGCAUGCUUUCAGAAAAUACUGGCAGACAAUUUGCAUUCUUCUGCACAAAGUCUGUGCAUGGGACGCUCUUGGACUUUCUAGCAUGACAAUGACCCAAAUCACGAGGCCAAGUUGACUCUCCAGUUGUUAUGGCAGAAAAAUGUGAAGGUUCUGGAUGGCCAUCACAGUCUACUGACCUUUAUAUCAUAGAGCCACUCUAGGGAGAUCUCAAACGUGCUGUUCAUGCAAGACUUUGCAUGACCUGGAGGCAUUUUGCCAAGAUGAAUGGGCAGCGAUACCACCUGCAAGAAUUAGGGGGUCUCAUAGACAACUAUUACAAAAGACUGCAUGCUGUAAUUGAUCCAUAAGGGGGCAAUACACAGUAUUAAGACCUAAGGGUAUGCAGACUUUUGAAAAUAAUUUUUUUUCUUUGUUGCCAUGUUUUUUUUUUUAUAAAUUGUGCCAUUCUGUUGUAACCUACAAUUGAAUAUGAAUCUCAUAAGAAAUAAAAUAAAUGUGUUUUGCCUGCUCACUCAUGUUUUCUUUAAAAAUUGUACAUUUAUUACCAAUUCUUCAAGGGUAUGCAAACUUUUGAGCACAACUGUACCUCCCAAGUAUCAUGCAUCUGGUGGAGGUGGUGCUAGAGGAAACUCACACAAUGCAGUUCUAAGAAUACACAUACCUUAUGCUAGUCUCUGGCAUACAGUUCCCGUAUGCCCCAAAGCACUUACUUGUCCACUAAUCUUUUUCCCUUCUUACUAGCAGGCAAAAGCUCCUUCUAUGCAGCCUGUUAUAGAGAAAAAGGUGGAUGUAGUGAUUGUAGAAUUAUGGGGACAUGCCACACUGUUAAAUAAGAAAGAGAAUUGCACAAUAUACAAAGUCAACUUUAUCUUAAUUCAUUUAUAGUCUGCUAAUACACACACAUUUAAAACUCACUAUUAACCACCUUUUUCUCUGUCCAUUACAUUCCUCUUAAGUUCCCAUACUUAAUUCCCUCUUCACAAAGCAAGAGCUUGUGAAGAGUAGCAAAUAAAUAAAAAAAUAAUCAACGGGCCUAUUCCAUGCUUUAGCAAUUUUGUAGUUGUACCCACAAAAAACAUUGGGGCACUCAUGUGCUGAAUCCAGUGGAGUGUUCUUUUAAACAGAUUACUUGACUAGAAUGACCUAAGAAUCUUGAAAUACAUGCAUCCAAUACUAGUGGUCAAGUAGUGCGUGUGGUCCUGAGAGGUCCUGCAUGGCAAUUGCUGUUUUAAAAAUGUAAAGUCUUACAAUAUAGCAAAGAAGAAUUUGCAUUCAUUAACAUCAAGUAGUCAUUCUUCUACAUUAUAUUAACUGUACUUUCAUUUUUCUCUUUUGACAGAUAAUUUGGGAGCUUUAAAAACAAAAUGGAAAAAAAGAAGAUUUUUAUUUUUUGCAGAUCUUAUUUUAGUGUCUUUUGUAUAUAACUAAUAAAACAACUGUGUUUUCUGAGAUACAUAUUUUGUACGUCACACGGCAAGCCUGCAAUUUUUCUGUUGAACUUUUGUAAGAACACUCUGUUAUGUCCAAGUAUUGUAGUUAAAAUAAAAUAAUGCCUUUAACUAUCAUAUAAUCAACCUCUGUAGCCAUUGUGUACUUCUACUCCCAUACUCAAGCAGGUGUUAAAGAUGGAAUUACAGAAAAAAAUAAUUUAUUCAUGAUGAUGUCACUGUUUAUAAUGGUACAUGCUUUCAACCACAGGAUAUAGUCCAAGUUUCCAGCAUUAACAGGAGCAUACAAGAUGUCAUAAGAAUUGUGAAUGUUAUCAAUAAAAUUAU